AUGAAUUUUUUAUUGAUAUAUUUGAUUAUCUUUAAAUUCUCCGCUUAUGGAUCAGAAGAAGGAAGAUAUCUAUAUGAAAUAGCUGAGGAGAUGAUCAAAGACUACAACUCGCACACUCUUGAUAUUUUAUAUCUUAAGCAAACUCUAGAAAAAUCCUUAGAAUUAGGAGUUGUAGAAGCGUUAACCAGGCUAGGUGAAUUAUAUUUAUUUGGCUUCCCGAUAUCCCCUGAUAACCCAAGCUUCAACUCUGAGUUUAUUGAUGAGCAAGGCCAUUUUAAGCACGAUAUUCCAAAAGCAAUAAGCUAUUUUACUCAGGCUGGAAAUUAUGGAGACACUGAUGCUCUUUUUUAUUUAUCCUUAUUAUACCAGCAAGAUAAAAUCGUCAGUGAUUUUGAAGAAUACUUAUACUCUUUUACUUUCCACAACGUACAAGAAACCUAUGAAAAAGCAGGCGAUUUCGACUCAAUUCUGCUAAGGGCGGCUUCUGCAAGUGCCUUUAAGACUUGCAGGAAUCUAAACCCGGAAUUUAUUGAUUUAGUCGUAAAUAUUUCUCAAGUAGAGUUCAUUCAGGUCCCUUUUGUUUCUGAAGCUUGCCCAUUAGAUUGUAAUGAAUAUGCAAUUUACGCUUACAGUGUAGCUGAAGAUACCAUGAAAUAUAUUGCUAAGGUUGGGACUGACGAGCAAGACUUGGUAAUAUUAGAAGAAAUUAACGAAAGCUAUGACGAUCAUGAAGCAGAAAAAAUCUUAAACCUAGCCACAAUGCAAGCAGAGCAUACAGGAGGUGACGGAGCAAUGCAUCUAGCUGAGAACUAUUUAUUUGGCAACCAAGAAGCUGGGGUCGAAAGAAACCCAGACCAAGCAAUGCGAUACUAUGAAAUCGCUGCAGAAAAUGGAAACGUUAGGGCUUUAGAAAAUUUAGGACUAUUACACAUCCAAGGAAUCGGAACUGAAAAAAAUACAACAUUAGCACUAGAAUACUUAGAAGAAGCCAAGUCAUAUGGUUCAGUCCAAGCCUACAACCUCCUAGGAUAUAUCUAUUUUAAUGGUGCUGGAAUUCCUCAAGAUAUCGAAAAAGCUAUAAAAUACAUGGAAAAGGCUGCAGAAAUGGGAAGCAAGGAGUCUAUGAGCAACCUUGGAAUUGCUUACCUUCAUGGAACAGGAGUACCAAAAAGCCUUGCAAAAGCUUACAAGCUAUUUGACACAGCAGCAGAGCUAGGCCACACUCCAGCGCUAUUUAAUAAAGCUUAUAUGAUAUAUCAAGGGCUAGGCGUAAACUCUUCAUGUGAAGACGCAAUUGAUCUUUAUAUAAGAGUCAUAAAUAAAGGGAAACUAGCACAUUAUGGGAAAAGAGCUUAUUCAUUUUUUAGGAAUGGGGAUUAUUUAGGCGCGUAUCUGAAUUAUAUGCUUGCAGGGGCAAUAGGAUUCGAAAAUGCUAUUAUUAACUUAGCUUAUAUGUGGGAAUCAGGUUUAUCACCAUUUCGUUGCAGAGAUCCUAAAAUGUAUUGUGCAGCUAGUUAUUAUAGUUUAGCAGCAAUAUCAAGCCAGUCUAGUUAUGCAUAUUAUAAGCUGGGGAAUAUUGCAUUUGAUAAAGAAUAUUUUGAAAGUGCUUAUACGCUGUAUUUGAAUGCUGAAGAUGAUAUAGGUGCUGCAGCGUUUAAUAUAGCGUAUAUGAGACAGUUUGGAAUAGGGACUUCGAUCAGCUUGGAGAAAGCUGAGAGUGACUAUGAGAAUAUUAUUUAUAAAUCACGAGCAGAAAUAUAUGAUCAUGCUGAUAUGUUUCCUGCAUAUUUUGCACUUUAUUAUAUGAAGUUAAAGAGAUUUGUACAAAAUCUUCCAUUAGUUAAUACAGUUUGAUAA